AUGUCGACGGAUACUCCUCAAGGGCUCAACAACUUUCCGAUAACGAAAUUCUGCUCGUUACUCACAGUAGGAAUACCGAUAUUUGCCUCCAUUGCCGGCGUAAAACAUUGGUUUCUCCUCUACAAUGAUCCAUUCAUUUCUGAAUACAAGCAGUACUAUAGAUUACUAUCAUUUCAGGUCUCUGCAGUAAAUGAAACCGAUGUUGCUCUCUUAACAUUGAUAUGGUAUCAUUUAAGACAUCUAGAAAGGUUAUUUGGGAGUCGAAAGUAUCUGAGCAUCAUAACACUGUCAUGGUUUUAUAGCUCCCUUACGGUCUUGAUAUUAGCCCAAGUAUUCAACCUGAACCCGUUAAUCAACUGGAACCGCUUCACGAGCGGUGGCCUACCAACCAUCAUGAGUGUUCUUCAUUUUUACAAGGAGUACACUCCUCAGAUGUACCAGUUCGAUGUUAAACUCAUAAAACCUUUUGGGACUCGCUCCAAACAAUUGAAGUGGACAUUUAAUGACCAGUUUGUGAUCAAUGCACUGGUGGCUAUUUUACUUUUGAACCAAGGAUUCGUGGGUGUAGCAACAGGGUUUUUGAGUUGGCUGUGUGGUGUUUUCAUUGAUAAAGGCCUCUUGCCAGGCUCAGAAAUGUUUAGGGUCCCUUUCUUUAAGCAGAAAUCGAGUCUGAGGCCCAGACAAACAUCAUCUAUUGAAGCAGAAGCGGGUGCACAAGCUGCAGAUGACCAACAAAGCAGUGCUACAGGAGAUAGGGCGGACGAAGAGCCCAACGACGAGCCGGCUCGCCCUCUAGGAGUACAAUUUCUAAAUACGUUUAGAAUGUAG